UUAAAUUGCUCGAUUGGGGUGAGGAGGGUCAUAGGACAGAAGCUGAGAUUGCUUCAUUACGGGCAGCUUUUACGCAAGAAGUUGCUGUUUGGCAUAAGCUAGAUCAUCCAAAUGUUACUAAGGUGCUUCUCGCCGGAGUUGACCUCUCCAUCCUCGUCGACAUAUCCGUUUCAUUUUCUUUUCUUUUUUUCUUUCUUUUCUUCCUAUCCCUGCGUCGUGCUGUAGAGCUUCUUAAAUGGAGGGAGGUAGGCACUUUACGGUGGAAUCAAAGACUUUCACUUUCUCACUGGUGGGCAGUAACAGCUUUCAUAUUACUGAGAGGAAUCGACAAAUGGUAAUGUAUCUCUUCUUAAACAGUUUGUUAGCUUCAUGGGUGGUAAAGAUGGUGGAGGAAGCCCUUGACUCUCUCCGGCCCAAAGGGUUUUUCAGGAAACUGAGAGUGGGUAAUGGGGUCCUGACUUUGCAGCACCAUAUAAACUCUAGAGGAAGCUUUCUACACUUGGAGGAGUUUUGCAAUGGUAGGAUGAGGGGCUCUCUGAUGGUCCUUGAAGGCACGAAGGGCAGUGGCUGGGAAGGGUUUGCAUACCACCUCAAAAAGGUGGCUGUCGUUGAGUGAGUGCAAACAAAGGAUGGGCUUCGAGGGGUUGGGAUGGGCAAGGUGCAAACAGAGGAAACAAGGAAGCUUCUCCCCUCCAAUGGCAUCUCGGUUUUGCUUUUACCGACAAGAUGUAGCUUUGCCACGGCGUCGAAGUCAAUGGGCAAGGUGCUAAUCGGGGAAGGAGAUGAUGGUUGUCGUCGUGUGGGUAGUGGGGGGUCCUAUGAUGAACAUAUGAAGGUGGGGGAAGUCGGAGGUGUCCUAUGGGCUAUCAGAGCUCAACUGUCAGGGGUAUCAGAGGAAGUUAGUUUAUUGAUGAAUAAAGUGGAUUUGGGCUUAAGUAUGGUGAUGGGUUUGGGCAGUGAGUCAUUUGAAAAGCCCAUGCCCACGAGGAAGGAUGCGUUGGUAAGGGCUGAAGGCAAUGCUGAAAUGGAUGGGCUGGGCUUAAGCAAGAGGGGGCCCAUGUCUUUGGAGCAUGUGGGGGCCCACGAGCUCUUUGUACUCACUCUAUAUGGUGGGCUAAAACUUUUCCUCGGACCGGUGAGCCCUCUAUCAUGGGCCUGACUGCUACUAUUGACACGACGGUCAAUCCGGCCGCCUUGCCGUCGACUCAGAAUGAACCACUAGCCACGACCACAAGUAGGAAGCAACCUCAGGGCUCGUUCGAGAAGCACAACCACACAAAGGUGGCAGAAUCAACUAGGAUGCUCGAGAUGGUGGUCAUCUUCUAUCCCCAAGCCUCUGGGAACUUGCCGUUGACACAGAAAGGGCCACCGUCCUCCGAUGACCCCCCUUUGUUCCUGGCCUUGAAUGAGAGGAACAAUCGUGAAGAGGCAUUGUCCUCAACUAGGCUACUUCGUUUUGAAGUCUCCGACAAUCCUCAGCUCAUUUUUAGCCCCUCAGGGACUAGUUCUCAACCGGGUCCGACUUACAGCUAAUAUGCAAGGAGUCUGGGGUUGAUACUCCGUUAAUUGAUCUAGGGGAUUUCGGGGACAUGUCUAUUCCCCUCUUUUCAUUGCCACCAAUGGCUUCAUGGGCUGGCUUACAAUCAGAUUGGGUCCUACAAAAGGUAAACAAAAUUCUUCAUUGCAUCAGGAUUUCCUACAAAGGUUGUGAGGACUAGUUCAAAGCUCUACUCACCGCCAUAGAGGCAGGACAGCCUCUCCUUGCCAGAUCUAAUGCUAAAAAAGAUAGGGAGCUUAAAAUGCUUGCUUGCUCCAUAAAUUAUGAUGCUAGGGAAGGAAGCGUGAGCAGGGGGAGACACAAUGAUAGGGUGAAUCUCGAUGUUCCAUGAAACCCAAGAUUCUUUCAUAGAAUGUUCGGGGAUUGAAUGACCCAAGCAAGCGCCUAAGAGUGAAGAACUUAAUUUGGGAAUGGAGGGCAGAUGUGAUUUGUUUGUAGGAGAGUAAACUGAAGUUUAUUGAUAGAUACACAAUAAGAAGCUUGUGGAAUUGCUCUUAAGCGGGAUGGACCACUUUUGCUUCAAAGGAUGCUUCAAGGGGAAUUAUUGUGAUGUGGGACAAGCGAGUAGUUAAUUUGGUGGAUAAAUAUGUCGGUGAAUUCUCGGUAGCUUGUUCCUUCUCAAAUGUGAAAGAUGGUUUCGGUUGGGGGUUCGUAGGAAUUUACAGGCCUAAUGUUGACACUAGUAGAAAAUUUCUUUAGGAUGAGAUCGCUGGCCUAUGCAGUUGGUGGGAUGUCCUGUGGUGUAUCGGAGGAGAUUUCAACAUCACUCGGUUUUCGAGUGAAAGGUCGGGGGAUUCUAGCAUGGGCUCAAUCAUGGCUGACUUCUUAGCUUUAAUUUUCAAGCUGGAUUUGGUGGAUCUACCUUUAGUGGGGGGAGAUUUCACUUGAUCAAACCGGAGGGCCUGGUCUAAGUUGGACAGAUUCAUUGUCUCUCCUUCUUGGGAGGCCCUUUUUCCCAACCUUUGCCAAAAAAGGCCCCCUAGACUUUGCUCUGAUCACUUUCCCCUUUUAUUAGAUUGUGGGGAUCUUUGUGAGGGACAGAGAUACUUUAAAUUUGAGAACAUAUGGCUGAAGGUGGACAGGUUUACGAAGAAAGUUAGUGCGUGGUGGGCCUCAUAUCAACUCACCGGCACUCCUAGCUUUGUUCUAGUCGGGAGACUUAAAGUUUUGAAAAAUGACCUAAGAAAAUGGAACAUGGAUGUCUUGGGGAACAUUAAUGACUAGCGGAACAAAUUGUUUCAAGAGCUGCAGCAAUUAGAUGAAAAAGAGGCGGAUGGGGCUUUCUCAGUUGAAGAUAAGGAAAAUGACCAUAGUAGCUGAGUUGGAAAAAAUCACCCUUAUGGAGGAGAUCUCCUGGAGACAAAAAUCUCGAGCUCUUUGGUUGAAGGAAUGGGACAAAAGCACAAAGUUUUUCCAUAGAGCAACUAACUCCCAUCGAAUAAACAGAGCCAUAGAGAUUCUUCAUUCGGAGGGCAAGGUUGUGUUGUACAAAGUCACUAUUAAGGAUCACAUUGAUCACUAUCAUGCUGAGCUUUUGACAUAGCAAUUCCAAUGGAAGCCCAAAGUAGAUGGACUAGUGUUCUAUUCAAUUGACCAAUCAAGUGCGGCUUGGUUGGAGAGGCCAUUCAAAGAGAAUGAGGUGCUUAGCAUACUAAAAGGGUUGGACAAAGACAAAGCACCGGGUCCAGAUGGCUUCACGAUGGCUUUCUUUCAAACUUGUUGGGACAUUGUCAAGGAGGAUCUCAUUAAGUUUUUUCUUGAAUUUCACUCUUUAAUUAAAUUUGAGAAAACCAUUAGUGCCUCUUUCAUCGCCCUUAUUCCAAAAAAGGGCGAGGUCGGUGGAGGCGCAAGACUUCCAUCCCAUAAGUUUGGUGAGUGGGGUUUACAAGAUCAUCUAAAAAGUCCUUGCUAAGCAGCUGAGCGAAGUUAUAGGGAAGAUCAUCUUGAAGUCACAAUGCCUUUGUUAAAGGAAGGCAAAUUCUUGACUCGGCUCUCAUUGCUAACGAAUGCUUGGAGAAUAGAAUCUGAGUUGGCAUCCUAGGUAUUUUAUGUAAAUUGAAUAUGGAGAAGGUUUUCGAUCAUGUGAAUUGGGAUUUCUUGUUAUAUAUACUUGGUAGGUAUGGUUUUGGGGAAAAAUUGUGUCAAUGGAUAAAACAUUGUAUUACAACCAUCAAAUUCUCAAUCCUGGUCAAUGGCAAUCUCGAAGGCAUUUUCAACAGUUAUUGGGGCUUGAGACAAGGGGACCCUUUAUCCCCACUUUUAUUCAUUUCGUGAUGGAUGUGUUGAGUAAAAUGGUGGAGGGGGUGGUGGAUAGGGGCUUUAUCACAGGUUUCUCGAUGGGUAGUUCUGCGCAUGGUAGCUUGACAGUACCUCAUCUUCCUUUUGCUAAUGGUACGCUGAUCUUUUGCAACCCGGACCCUGAUCAGAUUCGCUCAUUGAGAGCCCUUCUAAUUUGUUUCGAAGCUGUCUCUGGUCUUGAAGUGAAUUUAUCCAAGUCUGAAAUAGUUUCAGUUGGUUUGGUUGAUAAUUUAAGCGAAGUGGCUACUAUCUUGGGCUGCAAGGUGUCAUCCUUGCCUAUAAAGUACCUUGGACUCCCUUGGGGGCUCCUCAUAAAUCCAAUGCUAUGUGGGAUGGGAUUGUCAAGAAAAUUGAAAGCUAAUUGGCGGGUUGGAAGAGAAUUUAUUUGUCUAAAGGCGGAAGAAUCACACUUAUCAAGAGUAUGUUAUCUAAUCUCCCAACGUACUUCUUAUCUUUAUUUCCUUUGCCUGCACGGGUGGCGAAUAGACUAGAGAACAUUUUUCAUGACUUCUUCAUGGGAGGGUUAUAGGAUGAGAAAAAAGUUCCAAAUGAUUAAAUGGGAUAAAGUAUGCACCCCCUUGUCUUGUGGCGGGUUGGAGGUAAGAAAAUUGAGAUCUUUUAACAAGGCCCUUCUUGGAAAAUAGUUAUGGCGGUAUCAUCAAGAAGGGAAUGCUCUUUGGAGGAAUAUCAUAGAUGUUAAAUAUGGGAGCUUAUGGGGAGGUUGGUGCUCUAAUGAAGAGAGGUUAUGGCGUGGGAGUAAGGAAAUUCAUUUGGAAUGGAUGGGAAGAUUUACUCAAUUUCAGAUUUGAGGUAGGAAAGGGCAUGCGUAUCAGAUUUUGGCACGAUAUUUGGUGUGGUGAUCUUGCUUUGAAAACCCUUUCCCCUCUCUUUAUAGGAUUGCAUCUGAUAAAGAUGCUUCUGUGGCUGAUAAUAUGAGCAUCUCCACUAAUUCCCUGUAAUGGUCCGUGAGAUUCACUAGAGUUGUACAAGAUUGGGAGAUGGGAGACAUUGCUAACUUUUACAUUGUGCUAUAAGCACUGAAAAAACAGGCAGGAGGGGAGGACAGAUUACUUUGUACACCUUUAGGGAACAAGAAAUUUUCAGUCCAUUCAUAUUACAAGGCAUUAACGACUCACUCCUUCAAUGCCUUCCCUUGGAAGAGCAUUUGGAGGAGCAAUGUUCCCCUCAAGGCUGCAUUUUUCAGCUGGUUGGCAGCCCAUGGGAAAAUACUGACUAUUGACAAGAAAGUGGGGCCUCUAUAUAACAGAUUGGUGCUCCAUUUGCAAACAUAACAGUGAAUCAGCAGAUCACCUACUUCUUCGUUGCGAAGUAGUCAAGGCUUUAUGGGAUGAAAUCUUCACUAGGCUCGGCCUUGCUUGGGUAAUGCCUAGGAGGGUGAUAGACUUAUUGUCUUGUUGGAGAGGGAUUCGGGGUAAUCGUCACAUUGCAGCUAUUUGGAAGAUGGUGCCUCUUUGCUUAAUGUGGUGCACUUGCAACAAAAGAAAUGGUCAUUGUUUGGCCAAUAGGGAACACACUCUGGAUGGUUUUAGGAAUUGCUUUGGGCUUCUUCUAUUGUAUUGAAUGGAACAAGUUUUAAUGACUUUUAUGCUACUUUCCGUAGCGCGUAGUUUGUAAUUAGGCUCUUUCUUGUAUACUCCAUGUGUACUCAAGCUUUGCCUAAUUACACGGAUUAAUAAAAUCUCUUUUACUUAUUAAAAAAAAAAUUGCAUUGGAGUGAUUGUUUUCCAGGAUUAUGAGCCUCUUCAUUCACAAAAGUUUUGUUUUCCUUGUGGUUCAUGUCAUCAUGAUACAUCUCAAGUAGGCUGGUUUUUUUGUUAUAUACACUCAAUGUCACUUGGAACAAAUCAAACUAUUGGAUGUUUCAUGAUGAACUCUUCAAAAAGGUUAAUCUAAUUUCGGAUUUGGUAUGCAUCAUGGCAAAAUGUCGUGCAACUCUUAAGCAUUGUUGAGUGAUACAUGAAACCAAUCAGCCGACUCUGUGUUGUUGUAUAAAUACCAUGUGGGACCAAGGAUGCUUUCUUCUCUUGAUAUGACUAGAUCGAGAUGUUUGAGGACUUUAGGUCAGCAUGGAACUUUUUUUUCGAUGAGUAAGAUAAGAUUUUAUUAAUGAGGGAGACGGAUGUUCUCCCGGUACACAGGAAGUAUGGAUGAACCCACUCAACAACACAAGGGAAACACAAGGGUGCUAGCUGUCUCACAAUGUAAAAGUAGAUGGUCUACCUUUCCUUACUUUUCCUACACCUGCAAUACUGGUAUACCACCAUGAUGCCACAUCUCCUCACGUUGUUCGAGGUCAGGAUUUUCUCUGGUGCUGCUGUCCCCGUGGAGAAAGCCACUUUGGGAGGAUCCCUGUUUCUCCAGAUAAACCACUCUGGACAUGGAACUGAGGAGUACGGGCUUUAUGGAUAGCUAAUCUUUUUGCAUAAUAGAUCUUUUCAGAUAGAUGGGAGGCACCUUUGCCUUUUUAUGAGCAAUCUCCUAUAGUGAUUUCAUUUUGAAACUGUUAAGUGAAUUAGACCAACUUGAAUUGAAUCAAACAAACCCAAGUAUUGCUGCCUAUUCCAAAUAUCUGUAUCAAACAUGGAAGCUACAGUCGAAAAUGCUGCUCAAUUUCUUUAAAAUUGUUGUAAUUUACUCAUUCAAAGCUAAAAAAAGUGCUGGAAAAAGUGGUUAACGUGUUUAAGCUACCUUUCUCCUUGUAUUGAUCUCCAUGGAAGUGAGAGACAUGGAAAGGCAUGUUGGAGUCAGCAUCUGAAGCUAACACAUAUUGAGAAAUGGUUCCCAAGAACGUGUUUAAGCUACCUUUCUCCUUGUAUUGAUCUCCAUGGAAGUGAGAGACAUGGAAAGGCAUGUUGGAGUCAGCAUCUGAAGCUAACACAUAUUGAGAAAUGGUUCCCAAGAACGUAACCACUACCAUUGCUAAAAUAACAAUUAAGGGAAGAAAACGAAUUUCAAUUAUUGUUGAAAAUGUCUGUUGACAUUCUAAUACAUGGAACUUGGGAGUCCAUGUCUAGUUAUAGGAGAGGCACUGCCUUAUGUGUAUUUAUAUAAUCCUCGUGAUCCAGAGUUCCCUUUGUGUUUCCUUUAUAUAAUAUUUUGAUCUAAUAGCACAAACCUUGAAGUUUUGACCAUGGAGGGAAGCCAUGCUCCUUGGGGGACAAAGAAAAGGCUGGGUAUAGGGCUGCUAAUGUUUUCGACUAAGGAAUCCUCAAAGCAUGUUUUUUCCCUUUUGAAUUUCAUUUUCUUUAAUUUGAUAUUCUGGGCUGCCUUUCUCAUAUCCCGAUGUCAUAGUAGCAAUUCAAGUACUAUUGCUGUCUUACGAUUAAAAAGAGUUGGUGCAUUUGGAUGUUUAAGCUAUUAUGACAGUGCAGUACAUGCAGUUCAGUUUAUAGGGGCAACAAUGGGCUCAUCAGAACUACAAAUACAAACUGAUAAUGGUCAAAUUGGCAUGCCAAGUAAUAUCUGUUGUGUUGUUGUGGAAUAUCUGCCUGGGGGUGCUCUGAAAUCUUACCUCAUAAAAAACAGGAGAAGGAAGCUAGCUUUUAAGGUCGUCAUCCAGCUUGCACUAGAUCUUGCUAGGGGGUUGAGUUACCUUCACUCGCAGAAAAUUGUUCACAGAGAUGUAAAGACAGAGAACAUGCUAUUGGAUAAGACACGUACGGUAAAAAUUGCUGACUUUGGAGUUGCUCGUGUUGAGGCUUCAAAUCCUAAUGACAUGACUGGGGAGACGGGGACACUUGGUUAUAUGGCUCCCGAGGUUCUCAAUGGCAAUCCAUAUAACAGGAAAUGUGAUGUGUACAGUUUUGGCAUCUGUUUGUGGGAGAUAUAUUGCUGUGACAUGCCGUAUCCUGACCUUAGUUUCGCAGAAGUGACUUCAGCUGUGGUUCGGCAGAAUCUGAGGCCAGAGAUACCAAGAUGCUGCCCAAGUUCCUUGGCAAAUGUAAUGAAGCGCUGCUGGGAUGCCAAUCCUGACAAGCGGCCAGAGAUGGAAGAGGUAGUUUCCAUGAUAGAGGCCAUUGAUACAUCUAAAGGCGGAGGUAUGAUCCCACUCGAUCAGUCCCAAGGUUGUCUUUGCUUCCGCAAGUAUCGUGGACCUUAAAUUCUUUGGUCUUCAUAAACAACUUCAUGUAAUUAUUUCAAAGACUGGAGAGAUCCAACUGUAAUUACACAGAAGAUAACAAAACUUGGGAUAUCUUGAUGCGAGAAAACAGAAGGUGAUGGGCGGAGCUGUGCUACAUCUCACUUUGUUGGAUGAUGCAAAGUUUUUGCUUCCCUUUCAAGAUGUAUAUUUCUUUUGUCAAAAUAAGUUUUGAAUUUCCCCAAUAUGUGUAUUUUACUCUGGUUGUUGGACUGUAAGAUGGAUGUCCCAUUAAUAUAGUUUGAUCAAUUACUCACUGAUA